AUGCGAGAAUCGAAUCACAGCUUUCCUGCGAAUGGGAGGGCCGCCAUCUGCGUCCAGUCGGGCGUCUACGACCGAAGAGCGCUCGACGCGCCGACGGCCUCUCUCCCGCUCAUCAACUCGCUUACACACCUCUCCUAUCUGACCGCGACCUCUCCCCGAAUCCGUGAGAUCCUCGCACACGACGGUGGACUCGAGCGGAUAGUGCGCAUUUUGAAGCACUGCGCGCAGGGCGGGCCUCCUGCGCAACAAGCCGCGUCGCUGGCCGACUUGAAGGGCAAAGGAAAGGGUGCGCUGCCCCGCGCAAGCAGGAAGAGCCCGUUCAAGGCGUUCGCCGAGUACGACCUCUUGCCUACGCUUGACGACUUGCGCGAGUUGGAAGAGUCGGAUGUGGACGGGGCGUUGCUCGCGCUCGUUCCGGACGGCGACGUGACGGGAUACACCUACUCGGUCCCUUCGUCCCUCCUCCUCCCGCCACCAAGCAAGUUCCGCCACCUCCUCUACACCUACUCGCUCGCCUUUCAGUGCAUCGUCAACAUCGGCGUGCGCGGGAACGAGGCCAUCCGUACGCGCGUCGUCGAAGCUGGCGCGGUGGACGUCGUCGUCUUUGUCCUCCAGCGGUACCUCGAGGAGAUUGCGCGAAAGCGCAUGCAGAAUAUUGUCGAGUGGCAGAAGAAGGAGAAUGAGCGGAUUGCGAGGAUGGAGUGGAUGGCGAGGCAUGGCCUUGCGAGGGAGGUUGAGGGUGCGGCGAUGGAUGUUGAGGAGGAGGAGGAGGACGGUGCGGCACAGCAGCAGCACUACCAGAUUGUUCCGACUUCUGCGUCGUCGACGUCUGUCUCGCCCGUCUCGUCUGUCCCCGUCUCGCCCCUCCCACCUUCGCCGCCCGUCCCAGCACACAUCGUCGUCCCUCCCUCGACCGUCUCCCGCCCGCUUCUCACGCGCCUCAACGUCGUAGCCGCCUCAUCAGCCGCCGCGUCCGCCGCUUUGCCCGCAACCUCCCUGCUCCACCCACCUCCUUCGCGUGUGCACACGCCCGACACCGUUCUCAGCCUCGACGAUGCCUCGAUCACGGGCGACGAGAACGGCUCGACGUCCGGCCAGGAAGUCGAAGCGGACGAGGUCGUGAUGGCUUCGUCUGUGCCGUCUUCGUCGUCGUCGACUAUCGGAGCGGCGGCGAGGGUCCGGUCGGAGAUGGAGCGUGUCAAGGCAGCUGAGGACGCGGAGAUGGCUACUCCUGUCCCGCCUGCGCAGGCGGCGGACGAGAGUGGGGAUGUCGAGAUGGGCGAUGCGGACGAGGCGCAGCGACGGACUGAGACUGCUCAGCCUGCUGUUCCGCAGCGGUCGUCGCGGAGGCCUGCACGGCCGUCGAACCCGCGUACUCGCUCGCUCCCGUUGCCGAAUCAGCAGCGGUACGAGCCGACUCUCCGCCCUGCUCAGCCCGCUCGCGCCGCACCUUCGCCUCCUCCUGCCCCUUCGCCCUCGCCCUCGCUUGCCCCGUCCGACGGCUCCUUCCCUUUCCGCGAGGAAGACGUCCUGCACUCGCUCCAGCUCCUCGCAUACUUGAGCAAGUACCCGCACGUCCGGCAGUUGUUUCACGAGCCGUCUCCCGCGCUCGCUGCAUCGGCGUCCAACGCAGUGCCGUACCUCUACCCCUUCCCGUUCCCUGAAGUCGCAUCCUCCUCCACUUCCGACCCCUUCUCCUCCCGCCGCACAGUCCGUCGCCCCGCCUCUGCCCCAACAAACGUCUUCUCCCUCGUCGAGUUCUUCACCUACCGCCCGCCCUCGGACGACCCUUUCACGCCCGUCUAUCCGGAAGACGUCCAGUAUUGGGCUGGGACUAUCAUGCGUAACGCGUGUCGGAAGGACGAUGCCAGCGGAGGGAUUAGGCAGUGCGCGAACAUGUUGUGUGGGAAGUGGGAGGGGUAUGCGAGGGAGUUUGCCAAGUGCAGGAGGUGCAGGAGGGCCAAGUAUUGCUCAAAGAUGUGCCAGUCCGAGGCGUGGAACCAGGGUCACCGACACUGGUGCCACAAGAUCACGAGCCGUCGUCAUGGUGCACACGGGCACGACGGUUCGUCGCGCAGCGCCGCCCUCGCAGGCGCGACCGACUCGGCCGCCGACUCGGGCAACUCGACUCCCGCCUCGCCUGCUGUCGCGGCUGCCGAGGGAGGGUUCCCGCCUGACCUUGCGCAGCGUCGACGGAGGCAUCACCACCAGCGUCGACGGCGUGAGGCGGAAGACGACGAGGAGGACGAGGACGAUGAGGAGCUGGAGGAGUUGCCUGCGCCACCGGCGGGGGACUCGACUACCCCUCGCGCACGGCCUGUCGCCCUCCACCCGUCGGCUCAGACGCCACCUGUCCCGCACUCGCGCCGUCACCACGCCUCGCACCGCCUGACGGACAGUGUCGCGACUCCGCCUCCUCCCGCUCCUCCCGCGACGAAUGCCGCCGCUGGUCCCGGAGGACGAAACGGCGUCUUCCCGCCCGGCCUCCCACCUGGCAUCGCCACGGCCGAGGAAGGCGGCAUGCCUGUCGGGAUCGACGAGGACCAGGUCGCGCGCGAGAUGUUGGCUGGCGAAGGAGGCGUGUUCGAUGGCGGUGUCGUCCGCGUGCAGGCGAACUAG